AUCAGGGCUGCCUGACCCCCAGCAUUCUCACUGUAUCAGCAACUCUCACCUUCCACUGAGCCCCACACCAGCUGUUCUCCCACCAGCCAGCUGUUCACCUGCUGUCAGAUCUACUCCACCCUCUGUGACACACUUCAGUUCUUGGCAUCCGGGGCUGGGUGAACCCAGAAGAGAAGCCUGUCUGGCUUUGAAUCUACAGAGAACUCAGAUGAUUCAUGUAGGCAGAUGAAGACGAUGUUGUCCUUGGAACCCAGAGCCCUAAUCCUAGUCCAGCUGUCACUAAAGUACCUUCUCCUGGAGGAGUUGUUGGGCACCUGUGCGGGAACCCAUACUCUGCACUAUGACCUCAUGGCCUUGUCUCAGGAGGGGUCAAGGGAGUCCCAGUUCAGAGCCCUGGGAUACAUUGAUAAUGAGCUCUUCCUGCGCUAUGAUGGCUACAGGAGAAGAGCAGAGCUUUGGGGGCCUAGGAUCAAGGGACAAGGAGGAGCUGAGAUCUGGACAAGAGAGACUGAGGACAUGCAGGAGAAGGAGGAGCAACUCAGGAGGAUGCUGACUGAGGUCAUGACCCAGAAGGGCCAGCAUGGAGGCAUUCACACCCUUCAGGCAACUUUCGGCUGUGAAACCCAAGGAAGCAACACUGGAGGCUUCUGGCGCUUGGGCUAUGACGGGCAAGACUUCCUCACCUUUGACCAGAAGAGCCAAACAUGGAAAGUGUCCGUGCCUUCAGCACACUCAUCCAAGACCUUCUGGGAGAGGCAUGGCCCCAGUGUGGAUCAAGUUCAGACUUUUCUGAAUGGCAUAUGUCCUGACCGUCUCCAGAGAUAUUUGAUUUAUUUGGGGAGCCAAUUGAUGGAUACAGGUACUAACUAUGGGUGCUUGGGUCCAUUCACUGAGUCUAACUGCAUCUUGCCACAGUGCUUAUGAGGUGCUGGGUUCUCACUAAAUUAGACAAGCAUCACAUAGUCUAAGGUGACACUCAGAUGGAGUGUGAGUGAUCUCCUCCAGAGCCUCUGUUAUGCACCUUAAGUGGGGAAGCUUAGGUGUCUCUGACAUGAGUGCAUAGUUAUAAGUCCCCAGAUGUCAGUAAUCUUAGAUUUCACUCAAUUGCCCCCACUUUCUGUCCAGUCCCUGUAGACCAGGUGGCUCUUUGGCCCAUCAGUGCCUAUAAAUUCUUCUACAUCACACGCUGGAUCAGCUGGCCUCUGACAGUGAGAUCUUCAUGUCCUCUCAAGUUCUCCAGAUAGAUGGGGACUGACAACCACAGAGUAUCAGGAGCCUAAGGAGCUGUUUGUGAAUGUCAUACACUCAUCUGACCACAGGUGGCCUGACUCUUAGGGAGAGGAGGCA